AUGAGGUCCCCCUUCAUAUUUCUCUUCCUGAUAGUUUGUAUUCAAACCCGUGUGCCAGCGACGGUUUGUCGACACGUGUGCCGGCGUACCGUGGAGUGCGACUUCAUCGACGGGUUCUACAUUUGCGCCACGUACGAUCAAUCCGUGCCCGCUGAAGAUGUGGAGAUCGCAGAAAGAGGCCAAAUCUCGCUCGUGCCGUCUCUCGAAACUACGACAACUACGACUAAGCCUACGCACGCCGAGAUCGCCCUUCCAAAACUCGAAGAAACACCCCCGUCGAUGCUCCUAUACAACCUCUCGGACAUGGCCACAAACAUAAUUUACGCAAUCCUAGGGCUUAUUUCAGCUCUAACUGCUUGUUUUAUAAUCUUUAAACUAUUCUGUGUCAAGCUUAAUACCUUUCUCGAUUGU